GAGAGCAUCGUGGGUUGAUCAUAUACGUCGUUUGCGGUUGUUUUGUUUUGGAAUUAUGUGAAGCGCCGUCCGUGGCGCCGCGCCACAAAGUGUUAUAUCCACAGACGGUACCAAGCGCCACGACCCGAUAUCCUUCCGUCCCUCCUCUGUCCCUUCCCAAGGCAGAAAACCAGCAAAACCAGCAAAACCAGCAGGCCAGCGCUCAGCUUCCUCCUUAUCACCUCGCAACGUGUCGCUCGGAUAUCACAAAGCCGUGCAGGGACAGAAUUAAUACAGUGUCGCCACGACCAUCUUCGAAAACACUCCAAUCUUUUCGGAAUGAGUUGAUCAAUCAACAGCGAGCAUGUGCCAAACGGAAAGAUAGUGGCGUAAACCCACGUGACUGUCGUUCCUUUUAAUUUUCACCCACCACCAUGGGAAAAGCAAAGAAAACGCGGAAAUUCGCAGCUGUAAAACGCAUGAUCAGUCCCAAGGACAUUCGCUUAAAAGAAAAUCAGGCGAAACUGCAGAAAAAGGAAGAAGAGACCAAGGCAAAAGCCGUUCGACGGGUUGCACCUGUUGCCUCGUCCUUGUUCCUGGCCCAUAACACGGCGCUAGUCCCUCCUUAUCGUGUCCUCAUAGAUACCAAUUUCAUCAAUUUCUCUCUCCAAAAUAAGCUCGAACUCGUUAGUGGGAUGAUGGACUGUCUGUAUGCCAAAUGUAUACCUUGUGUCACAGACUGCGUUAUGGCCGAACUCGAGAAACUGGGACACAAGUACCGUGUCGCUCUUCGCGUCGCUCGAGAUCCCCGAUUCGAGCGUCUGCGCUGUACACACCCCGGAACCUAUGCAGACGAUUGCCUCGUUCAAAGAGUUUCUUCCCACAAAUGCUACAUCGUAGCGACAUGCGAUCGCGAACUUCGGCGACGCAUUCGUCAAAUACCAGGCAUCCCACUGAUGUACAUCGUUCGGAGGAAGUACGCCAUCGAGCGCUUACCCGACCAGGGUGCACCGACUUGACCGGGUACCAUCUAUUUUGUCCUUAUUGUAUUGUAUCAUUAAAUCGUACUAUUAGAUGUUUCCAUUUCGGUCUCAUUCACUACAACGUGUUCCGGCGCCCUGCCAGACAGUUGACUGACGUUCCCACAGCAAAAUGGAGCCGACCGGAACUCCCCAAAAAAACAUAAGCAGGGAAGCAUUUGGUGGAUCCCGAUCUCCGUUUGAUGUCGUAACUAGCAAUAUUCUGUCCUCAUUAGUUUCGCUUCAACGCCAGCCUUCCAUCCAUCAGCCUCAUUCCAACUCUGCAUCGUGACGGUCCUAGAUUCAUCCUCCCGGGCGCCGUGGCUAUACCCAACUCGGCAUUCGAACGCCACACCAAGCA